UCUGCAAGAUGUUUGAUCUUGAGCAAACAAUAGGAUGUGUCCGUUUUAGUAUUAACACACCGUGAAAGUUCCGUUGUCGUGUUAUUCAACGUGAAGAAUCGCUAUAUGAAAGACUCAAACACGGAUUGGACAGCGGAUAGGUUGAUGAGUCCCAUCAACGUGGGUGAGAGUGACGAGGAGAGCGACUUUGAUGUGUAUUGAUGCUGUUUGGAGACAAGGCUUCUUUGCUCUUAGGGCGGCAGCAAACCGGAUAAUUUCAUUACAUGUAGCUAUUCAUCUGUCUUUGCCGUGUGUCUGUGAUGCUGUGAUGCUUUUGGCAGGCUGCAUUCACUUUGACUGGGCAGGAGCGAGAGAUGUGACGCCGCGACCGGUGUUGGCGUGGAGACUGAGAACAUCGCAGGUGAUGGGUUUGAAACGGUCGUGUUGCAGCAAUGAUCGUGUGGUGGUGGGUGUGGGUUGGAGUGUUGGGAUGGGUGAGGUGGUGGUGAAAGGGGUCAAUGCACGCUCGUCUGCACCGUCAUCACCAGCACGUCUGCUAGUUGAUGAUAUGUAUGGCCCCUCGAAACGCGAUCGGAACGGAGAGUGUAUCCUAGACGUCUAUAAGGGCCAAUGGUCGCUCUGCCGCAAGUACAAUGUCGCCGAGACAUGGAGCGCGGUCUCGACGAUAUUUAGUUGCGGUAUGGGUGUCACUGCUGCCGUCUACGGAGCGCCGUCACAUCAACGGGCGCACAGUCGACAGCAACAGCUCGUGUACGUGGUACGAGAGUACAGUGGUACAAUGGUAUGUACGGUCAAUCAUUGCGCUCUCCCUCAUGUGCUCGAAAGCGAGGGAAACCGCACCCAAGAUCGGCCAGUUCUGCUCUUCACUCUACAGACGGUUUUCGUGCUCAUGGAAACCGCGCACCACCCGUAGAUGGCGGGUCUCUCCAAAGAAAAUGCUUUAUAGUAGGUGUG